AUGAGCGAGAGGGACACACAAAACCGGAACACAGGCGGCUGGCUGCUGGCACUCUGUUUGGUCUGGCUGUGGACUCCCCUGGCCUUGGCCUCCUUGCAAUCUCCAACCCCUACAGGCCUCGUGAAGCAGGGCGCAUGUGAGGUGAUUGCUGCACACCGCUGCUGCAACCGGAACCGCAUUGAGGAGCGCUCCCAGACAGUCAAGUGCUCCUGCCUCUCGGGCCAGGUGGCCGGCACCACACGGGCGAAGCCCUCCUGUGUGGAUGCCUCCAUUGUCCUGCAGAAGUGGUGGUGUCAGAUGGAGCCCUGCCUGCCCGGGGAGGAGUGUAAGGUGCUUCCUGACCUGUCAGGAUGGAGCUGCAGCAGUGGACACAAAGUCAAAACCACCAAGCUCCAGAAGCUGCAGCAGAGCCCACAGCUCCAAGUUCAGCCUGCGCGGGCUUGUCGACUGGACAAGGAGCACUUCAACCGCUUCAGCUUGACCCUCAACACCAUCCAUGGGCAGAUUCUGCAGGAUUACUCCAAGAACCUGGUGAUGGAGGAAGUCAUGCGGAUGCUGGUGGGCCUGGCCAAGUCCAGGGGUGUGGGGGCUGCCAGGGAGCACAUGUUCAAUGGGGAGAAGAUCACCUUCACUGAGGACCCAGCCGAGCUGUGCUGCAUGUGGCCCUGCGGAAAUGGUCGAACACGCCCAUCGUGGUGGACACCAGGGAUGUGA